CAUUUUAGUAUGUACGGUUUAGUUACGAGACGAGUAGCCGAAACAAAAUAAACGGAGAAAAUGGCAAAAUUAACUUGGGAGCGAUGUUUCCUUGUGUUUUGCUGCAGUUUUUCGUUGUUUUGCAGCAACAUUUUCGCGUUCUUAGAUCUAGAAGAGCUGAAAUCUGUUCAUUAUGAUAUAGAUAUUUUGUCUACCCCCGUACUUCUUGGCAGGCCUGUGCAACAAGAGGUGAUGCACCUUCGUUCCAAGUUUGGCCAGCAAUAUGAGUGCCAGCUACCAGACAUGACAGACUAUGAGAAAGACCAGGAAGAAGAAAAACUGGCUACUGACAUGGGUAUCUCAGAGCUGCUCAAACCCAUGGAGAACGCUCCUUGUCUGGUUAAGACCAAGGACUGGUGGAGUUACGAGUACUGCCACGGACAGCAUGUCAAGCAGUAUCACUUGGAAGAUGGUAACGUUGUGGGAGACGAUCUGUACCUGGGCUACUAUGAGAGUGAGAUGGAUUGGAACAACAAAACACACAAGGAUGCCAAGAGGCACCGGCUGAAUCGGUAUCACAGCCACACCUACGUCAACGGCACCAAAUGUGACCUGACCAAAAAACCUCGCGAGACAGAAGUCCGGUUUCUGUGCGCGGAGGGCCAGGGAGACUCCAUCUUUCGCAUAGACGAGCCCUCCUCCUGCGCCUACAUCCUGACCAUCCACACCUCGCGGACCUGCCAUCACCCGUAUCUCCGCCCGCCACCUAGCCUGAAAGCCAGACCGGUGCUGUGCUACCCGGCACUGGAGCAGGAGCAGUACGAAAAAUAUCUGGAGAUCAAACAAGAAAAGCAAGAAAAGGACAAGAAAAAUGAGCAGCACAUGAUCGCCAUAGGAACCUCUGAAGGCUCGCAAAGCAAGGAUUCUUCAGUAGCAGACGGUGCUAGCACACCAACUCAAGAGCCAAGUACCAGCCAAGAAACUCCAGCAAGGAAAACGCCAUUUGAAUCUGCACUUUUUGAGGAUUUAGAUCAGACAGAGGUAAACAUUGACGGAUUGGAGGAGGCAAUGUCCAUGGGCGUGGACCCCACACAGCUCAGCAACUUGGUCAAAUCCAUACUCAACUCAGUCAAGGAUGAUGUCAAGAGCAUUGACAAGGAGGUCAAAGACAAAUCUGAAACUGGGGAGGAUUCAUCCGAGACGAAAGAACUGACAAGAGAAAUUGACGAUGAUGAUGACGAUGAUGAUGACUUUUUGGAAAAGUUAGCGCUCUCUGACCUGGACAUGGAGGGAAUGCUGGACGACCCCGAACUGCAGAGCCUCAUGGAGGAGGACAUCGGCGAGCUGGUGUCGAGGUUCAGGCGUCAGAUUUCCCAGGUGACCUCCGACCCGGUCGAGGCGGCACAGAUGCACAAGAUGCUGGAUAGCAUCGAGGCCACGCUGAAGGAGAUUGAUACCGUGAAUAGUCUCAUUGAUGAGACUGAUGGAGAUGAUGAUGAUGACAGCGAUGAUGAUGAUGAUGAUGAGAAUGAUGGAGAUGAUGCAGGGAGGAUGCUGGCCAAGACCCUCAAGAACCUCAUCAAUGAAGUCAGGGAGAAGAGCGAAGAAAACAAGAUGGCAGACUUAAAGAAACCAUCUACCUCAUUGUCUGCGGCGGACGCCGGGGGCAAAGGCCAGGUCAAGCUAAAGGUUACCAAGGUAUCCCUGGACCGAUCCCGUAAGGCCAAGCAGGAUUCGCCCAAGGAGACGAUGGUCUAUGACAACGAACACCGGCCCAUCGAGGAGGCCAUCAUGCAGCAGCUGGAGAAUGCUGGCGUCAACGCCGAUGCUGGUAAGAUUGAGUUUCGGAUCGUGACGUACUCACCCAACGAGUGGCCGGGAGAUGAAGAGGAAGACGGAGUGACGAUACUGACCGAGGAGGAGAGCAACUACUUCAAGAAUGUCGUCAUGGGACUGCUGGGGGGAGGCGCAGAGACAACGGAACAGCAGAGGCAAAGGCGACUGGAGAACAACUACCAGUUUACAUGGGACUCGCUGGGGACGGCAGAGCUGGGAACCAGCUCUGCGCUGGGUACCGACGCGACGACCACAGAUGCGGAGGCGGAGGAAAGUGAACCUUGAAUAAAAAGGUGAAACAUGGAUAUAUCCAUGUUAAAAAAAAAAAAUUCCCCAAAGCAGAUGUUAAAAUCAACUGAAUAAAUCUGAAUUGCAAAAAUGCUAAAAAAGAAAGAAAAAUGUUUCAAGUUUUUAACAUUGGUUUGGGUUUGUUCUCGAGGUGAAAGGUACUAGUGACAGUUUAUAAAAGUUUAACCCUCCUGUUCAAAUAUACAUUCUGGACUAAGUAGUCCUUUCAGUCAAAAUCAAUCAAGUGACUGUUUUCAACAGUUAAGAGCUCCCAGCCUACAUAAAGCAGGAUUGACUGGCUGGGACAGUUUAAGUAACUUGACACAGCUGUGCUUUGACUCCGGGUGAGUGAUAAAACAGCUGUGACCACAACUUGCCUGCUUUGUCUGUUGACUGAGUUUGACUAGUCACAGUGCUUGCCUGACAUAUGAGCCGACUGCUGGUGACUAUCCUGUGUUAAAAGUAUUGCAGGGCAAGUGGAUGGAAAUUUUGAUAGUCUGUGACUGUUUCAGACUGUUUAAACAGCAGGAGGGUUAAUAUUUCUUCAUGUACAUAAACAUUUGAGGGAUCUUUCUAUUUUUGGGAGUGUUUGAGAGUGUUUAACAUAACAUUACUCUGGCUUUAUUUCCCACUGCUAAGUGCUUGGAAUUUAUUCUUGCUCCUAUUUUGUGGAUUCUUUCAUGGUGAUACUAAGCUUGAUUUAGGGUUUUGUUUAAAUGAGAAAAAGUGUGCUAGUCCAUGUAAUGACUGCAAGGUUUCAAUUUUUCCUCUUCCCAUUGAAGGUUUGUUCAUGGUGGUUGGGUUUAUUUGAAAAAACAUGCAGUAUAAAAAUGUUUGACGAUUGCACUCUGAGAGUUAAUCUUGACAAGUCCUGUGGACAUGAUGCACAAUUUGUUUGGCUGAAAGGCAGGCUU